GGCCUUGCGGGCGGAUCGGGCGCUCAGCGGCAGAGGUGGUGGGAGGCGGCGGGAGCGCGGGUCUGGCCGGCCCUGGCGAUGGCGGACGCCGCGGCCUCCCCGGUGGGCAAACGGCUGCUGCUUCUGUUCGCGGAUACCGCGGCCUCGUCCUCGGCCUCGGUCCCCGCGGCGGCGGCGGGCGGAGAUCCGGGGCCUGCGCUGCGCACUCGGGCCUGGCGGGCCGGCACGGUGCGGGCCAUGAGCGGGGCGGUGCCCCAGGACCUAGCGAUCUUUGUGGAAUUUGAUGGCUGUAACUGGAAGCAACACUCCUGGGUUAAAGUUCAUGCUGAAGAAGUUAUUGUGCUUCUGCUGGAAGGAUCUCUGGUAUGGGCACCCCGGAAGGACCCGGUCCUUGUCCAGGGUACUCGAGUCUCAAUCGCACAGUGGCCAGCCCUGACUUUCACUCCCCUAGUAGAUAAACUUGGUUUGGGUUCUGUGGUUCCAGUUGAAUACCUUCUGGAUCGAGAGCUGCGUUUCCUGUCAGAUGCUAAUGGAUUACAUCUGUUUCAGAUGGGAACAGAUAGUCAAAACCAGAUUCUUUUGGAACAUGCUGCACUGAGAGAUACAGUUAAUGCUUUGAUUAGUGACCAGAAGCUGCAAGAGAUAUUCAGCCGAGGUCCCUACAGUGUCCAAGGUCACAGGGUCAAAGUAUACCAGCCAGAGGGGGAAGAAAGUUGGCUCUAUGGUGUUGUAAGCCAUCAGGACUCCAUCACCCGCCUUAUGGAGGUCUCUGUAACAGAGAGUGGUGAGAUCAAGUCCGUAGAUCCCAGACUGAUCCAUGUGAUGCUGAUGGAUAAUUCAACUACUCAGAGCGAGGGGGGUACGUUAAAAGCAGUAAAAUCUUCCAAAGGAAAGAAGAAGAGAGAGAGCAUAGAGGGGAAAGAUGGCCGGAGGAGAAAAAGUGCUUCGGACUCUGGGUGUGACCCUGCAUCAAAGAAAUUAAAAGGAGACAGGGGUGAAGUAGACAGUAAUGGGAGCGAUGGAGGUGAGGCGAGCCGAGGGCCCUGGAAAGGAGGGAAUGCCAGUGGAGAGCCAGGGCUGGAUCAGAGAGCCAAGCAGCCACCGACUACAUUUGUCCCCCAGAUUAACCGCAACAUUCGCUUUGCCACUUACACCAAAGAAAACGGCAGGACUCUGGUGGUACAGGAUGAGCCUGUAGGUGGGGACACACCUGUACCUUUCACUCCAUAUUCUCCAGCCACAGGUCAAACACCUUUGGCCCCAGAGGUGGGUGGAGCCGAAAACAAAGAGGCAGGAAAAACAUUGGAACAAGUUGGCCAGGGCAUUGUGGCUUCAGCAGCUGUGGUCACUACCGCCAGCUCCACCCCAACCACGGUGAGGAUCUCAGACACUGGCCUUGCAGCAGGGACUGGGCCGGACAAACAGAAAGGCGGCCGGUUACAGGCCCCAGGAGAGAAUUCAAGAAAUACCGUUCUGGCCUCUUCUGGAUUUGGAGCAUCUCUCCCAAGUUCAUCACAACCUUUGACUUUUGGAAGUGGAAGGAGCCAGUCCAAUGGGGUUCUAGCCACAGAAAACAAACCGUUGGGCUUCUCUUUUGGCUGUAGCUCUGCACCAGAGUCUCAGAAAGACUCUGAUCUCUCCAAAAACUUGUUUUUUCAGUGCAUGUCCCAAACCUUACCCACCAGUAACUACUUCACUACCGUUUCAGAGAGUUUGGCUGAUGAUUCCUCCAGUCGAGACUCAUUCAAACAAAGCCUUGAGAGCCUCCUUGAGAGCCUGUGUAAAGGCAGAUCCACUCUUGGAGCAGACACUAAAUCAGGCUCUAAGGCUGGCAGCUCUGUGGAUCGGAAGAUGCCUGCAGAAUCCAUGCCUACCCUCACGCCAGCCUUCCCACGGAGCCUCCUAAAUCCCCGCACCCCAGAGAGUCAUGAAAAUCUAUUUUUACAGCCCCCUAAACUAUCCCGAGAAGAGCCCUCUAACCCUUUCCUUGCAUUUGUGGAGAAAGUUGAACAUAGCCCUUUCAGCAGCUUUGCAUCUCAGGCAUCAGGUAGCUCUUCCUCUGCUACCACGGUCACCUCUAAAGCCGCAGCCAGCUGGCCCGAGGCUCACUCCUCUGCAGAUUCAGCAUCCUUAGCAAAGAAGAAAACCCUCUUCAUCACAACUGACUCCUCUAAACUGGUGUCCGGUGUUCUGGGCUCAGCUCUUACCACCGGAGGUCCAAGCCUCUCUGCCAUGGGGAAUGGCCGCUCUAGCUCGCCCACCAGCAGCCUCACCCAGCCCAUUGAGAUGCCUACUCUCUCCUCCAGCCCCACAGAGGAGAGGCCAACUGUGGGGCCUGGGCAGCAGGACAAUCCCCUCCUCAAAACCUUUAGUAACGUCUUUGGCAGGCACUCAGGCAGCUUUCUGUCCUCCCCAGCAGAUUUUUCACAGGAGAACAAAGCUCCUUUUGAAGCUGUGAAAAGGUUCUCACUGGAUGAGCGAAGCUUGGCUUGCAGACAGGACUCGGACUCCAGUACCAACAGUGACCUGUCAGAUUUGAGCGAUUCUGAGGAGCAGCUGCAGGCCAAGACGGGCAUGAAGGGGAUUCCAGAGCACCUAAUGGGGAAGUUGGGCCCCAAUGGGGAGCGAAGUGCUGAGCUAUUGCUGGGCAAAGGCAAAGGGAAGCAGGCCCCAAAGGGCCGACCGCGGACCGCCCCCCUGAAAGUUGGCCAAUCAGUGCUGAAAGAUGUGAGCAAGGUGAAGAAGCUGAAACAGUCUGGAGAGCCCUUCCUGCAGGAUGGGUCCUGCAUCAAUGUAGCCCCUCACCUGCACAAGUGUCGGGAGUGCCGCCUGGAGCGGUAUCGGAAGUUUAAAGAACAGGAGCAAGAUGAUUCCACUGUGGCCUGCCGCUUCUUUCACUUCCGGAGGUUGAUCUUCACUCGGAAGGGGGUGCUCCGUGUGGAGGGAUUUCUGAGUCCCCAGCAAAGUGACCCUGAUGCCAUGAACCUGUGGAUUCCCUCUUCCUCCCUAGCAGAAGGGAUAGACCUAGAGACCUCAAAAUACAUCCUGGCUAACGUUGGGGACCAGUUCUGCCAGCUUGUGAUGUCCGAGAAGGAGGCAAUGAUGAUGGUGGAGCCACACCAGAAAGUGGCAUGGAAGCGAGCAGUGCGUGGUGUACGGGAGAUGUGUGAUGUAUGUGAAACAACUCUCUUCAAUAUCCACUGGGUUUGUCGCAAAUGUGGAUUUGGGGUCUGCCUUGACUGUUACAGGCUCAGAAAAAGCCGUCCACGCAGUGAGACAGAAGAGAUGGGUGAUGAAGAGGUUUUCUCCUGGUUGAAGUGUGCAAAGGGGCAGUCCCAUGAACCAGAGAAUCUCAUGCCCACACAGAUCAUCCCUGGCACAGCUCUUUACAAUAUUGGAGACAUGGUACAUGCUGCCCGGGGCAAAUGGGGAAUAAAAGCAAACUGCCCUUGUAUUAGUCGGCAGAACAAAUCUGUGCUGAGACCUGCUGUCACCAAUGGGAUGUCACAGCUUCCUAGCAUAAACCCUAGUGCCUCUUCUGGAAGUGAAACCACCUUCUCAGGCGGAGGAGGAACUGCAGCAGUAACAUCAGAGACCGACCAUGUUCCGAAAGCCGACAGCACUGAUAUCAGAUCUGAUGACUCUCUGAAAGCAGAGAGUUCAGCUUCAAAUAGCAAUAGUGAGCUAAAAGCCAUCAGGCCCCCUUGCCCCGACACAGCUCCCCCCUCUUCUGCCCUUCAUUGGUUGGCAGAUUUAGCAACUCAGAAGGCUAAAGAGGAAACAAAAGAAGCAGGGUCCCUGAGGUCGGUGCUCAGUAAAGAGUCUCAUUCACCCUUUGGGCUGGACUCGUUCAACUCCACUGCAAAGGUCUCUCCGUUGACUCCAAAGCUUUUCAACAGUCUGUUACUGGGUCCCACUGCCUCUAACAACAAAACUGAGGGCUCUAGCCUUCGAGACCUCCUUCACUCUGGGCCUGGAAAGCUUCCUCAAACCCCCUUGGACACAGGCAUACCCUUCCCCCCCGUCUUCUCUACAUCCUCAGCAGGAGUGAAGAACAAGGCCAGCCUACCCAACUUCCUUGACCACAUCAUUGCCUCAGUGGUAGAAAAUAAGAAAACCUCAGAUGCUGCAAAGCGGGCCUGUAACUUGACUGAUACCCAAAAGGAAGUGAAGGAGAUGGUGAUGGGGUUAAAUGUGCUGGACCCCCAUACCUCUCACUCCUGGCUCUGUGAUGGCAGACUUCUGUGUCUUCAUGACCCCAGCAACAAAAAUAAUUGGAAGAUCUUCCGGGAGUGUUGGAAGCAAGGCCAGCCAGUGCUGGUUUCAGGGGUACAUAAAAAGCUCAAGUCUGAACUCUGGAAGCCAGAAGCCUUUAGCCAGGAAUUUGGGGACCAGGAUGUGGACUUGGUGAACUGCAGGAAUUGUGCUAUAAUUUCUGAUGUGAAAGUUCGGGAUUUCUGGGAUGGCUUCGAGAUCAUAUGCAAGCGAUUAAGAUCGGAAGAUGGGCAGCCAAUGGUGCUUAAACUCAAGGACUGGCCUCCUGGGGAAGAUUUUCGGGACAUGAUGCCAACAAGGUUUGAAGAUCUAAUGGAGAACCUUCCCUUGCCAGAGUAUACCAAACGAGAUGGCAGGCUCAAUCUGGCUUCUAGGCUACCCAGCUACUUUGUAAGGCCGGAUCUGGGCCCCAAGAUGUACAAUGCCUACGGCUUGAUAACUGCGGAAGAUAGAAGAGUUGGCACAACAAACCUUCAUUUAGAUGUGUCUGAUGCAGUUAAUGUGAUGGUGUAUGUUGGGAUCCCCAUCGGGGAGGGUGCCCAUGAUGAAGAGGUACUCAAGACCAUUGAUGAGGGGGAUGCUGAUGAGGUGACAAAGCAGAGAAUUCAUGAUGGAAAGGAGAAGCCUGGUGCUUUGUGGCACAUCUAUGCAGCCAAGGAUGCAGAAAAGAUCCGGGAAUUGCUUCGAAAGGUUGGAGAAGAGCAAGGCCAAGAGAAUCCCCCUGAUCACGACCCAAUUCAUGACCAAAGUUGGUACCUGGACCAGACCCUCCGUAAGCGACUCUAUGAAGAGUAUGGUGUGCAAGGCUGGGCCAUUGUUCAGUUCCUGGGAGAUGCUGUCUUCAUACCUGCUGGAGCCCCACACCAGGUACACAAUCUAUACAGUUGCAUAAAAGUAGCAGAAGACUUUGUAUCUCCAGAACAUGUAAAGCACUGUUUCCGCCUGACACAGGAAUUCAGGCAUCUCUCUAACACUCAUACAAACCAUGAGGAUAAACUGCAGGUGAAGAACAUCAUUUAUCACGCAGUGAAAGAUGCUGUUGGCACCCUCAAGGCUCAUGAAUCCAAAUUGGCAAGGUCAUAGGCACGGAGAAACUCCAGACUCCCCUGUGAAGCAGGUCUUUCACUCACAACACAUACAGGGAACGGCGGGGCUUCUCUGCUGGAGCAGAGGCCCUUCACUUGGAGCCAGUGUGGUCAGUAUUAACAAACUCUCCAGCCACUCUUUUCUACGCUGCCUCAACACUGAAGGUUGACACAGGAAAGUCGCACUGUUCACACACACAGUUUCAGACUCCAAGCCAAGGGUGCCGCAUCCCCAUCCUGUGGUCUUUUGGGACUCUGAAUUGCCUGAACAUUGCUGGGCUUUCCUGCACAUUCUCGUGACUUGAGAUCCAUGGAAACUGGGAAUGUGGGCACACCUUUCUUUUCUUUUUUCUCUCGUGCCUAGUGAAGUGGGAAUGUGUUUGGAGGUAGGGGGAAUCCCAUAACUGGUACAAGUAGGGGCUAACUGCUUAAACAUGCCCGGUGGAAGCCUGACAGUGUCUUUGCACGUGACCUCUGAUAUAGCCCAUCCCAGGAGACGGGGUGAAGCCAUUCCCCACAAUCUCUCCCAUGAACACUGGAGUCUUACAGGACCCAGGGAGAAUCCACUGCUUUUCCCAGGAGGCUCCAGGAUUAGGAAAUGUGUGUAUUUAGUGAAAAAUAGGUUUGUAGUGAAAUAGUUACUAUUUCAUGAAAGUAGAUAUUUUUAGAAUUUUUGAAAUACCACAGUUGUUUUCCUGGAUUAUGAGGAAAGGCACAUUACAUUUAGUCUUCCUUUCGAUAAAAAUCUUUGAAAAAAUAUGAUUUUUAGAAAUCAGCUGCCCAUUAUAGCACAAAAUCAGCCAAAGCAGAAUUUAAAAGAAUUGGCUUUUUAGAAUUCUUUUAGUUUUCUUUCCCUCCCAUCUCAGUCAUAUCUUGAGGGAACAGCCAGUUGAGAAAGAACUUUGUCGUGUCUGAGCUGUGGUGUGUUUUACAAAUAUGCACACUCAUGACACAGGAACCAUUUUCACCUAUUACCAGCGUUCCCUUGGGACUCCUCUUACACUUCCAAAUGCGAAGGAAAGUUUGAUUUCCUACAUGAGGCUUUUGGUUUUUGGGUUUUUUGUCCAGAAAUAUUUUAAGCAAAACUUUCCAACUCUGUGGAGUUUUAUUAAGAAUUUAUUUGAAAAUUAUGGAAUUCAUUGGCCCAUAGAUACAUUGGAAAAUGUAUCUAUCUUCUUUCCAGCUGUACUGUAGUGCCCUGCAGGCUUGUUUAUAUGUUCACAGUUACUUUUUUUUUUUUUUUUAAUAAAAGUCAUUUACUGUAGAAUACUUUUAAUUUCACUUUCUGUAUUUUAAUUUUGUUGAAGGGCUGAUUGGGAUUUCCAUGUUCUUAUUAAAAAUCUAACAAAUCUGUUUGGAGUGGACUAAAUUCUUCCUGUGUCAGCCAUUCUAAAAAGUGAAGGCAGGUUGAAUGUGGGUUGAAGAUGGAGGAUGGUUCAUUUUCAUAUCUUCAUUACAUGCUGCUUCCGAUUACCCUUUGCUUCCUGAAUUUGAGCCUUUUUGAGAGCAGAAAGUGCCAGGUCAUUGUGGUCUGUGGGCUUGGGGGUGGGGGUGAAGGGAAAAGGUCACUUGAGUUAGAAGGUGGGAGAAAAGAUGGUUUUUCCACAGUUUAUGCUGUGUGAAUGGAAUGGGAAAGGUGAGGUCUUGAU